CUGCGAAACAAGCAAAUAUCUUCAGUUGAGCCUGCCGGACCAGUCAUCGAUGAACUUGACGGUGCAGCACAAGUUUUCGGCCUGGUUAUACAAGCGAGUUUCUUAUUUUUCAAAAUUUCGUUAAUAAAUCCGUCGAACAAAUAACCGUUGAGUUUCAUUGAAUUUAGUCACAGUGAAAUUAAAAAUAAACAUGAGCAUCGACGCUUUUCAUUACUACUGUGCUUUCAUAAUUCCUCUACUGGGAUUUCACACGUCUGGAUUUCCUUUCGAACAAGAACUUUACGAAGGAAGUCAGUGUGAAACGGAGCUUGGAAUUCCUGGGGUUUGCAAAAGAUUGUUAGAAUGUCCACCGCGAUUGAAGGAAGCGUUGGAGGGUAAAAGAGGCCCUGAAGCUUUGGGUCGGUGUUGCUUCGACGGUUCAACAGAAAUUGUUUGCUGUGCACAGGAACAGCUCGACAGAAAAAUCAGCGUCCGACCUAUAGAACUCGCUUGUCAAGAAUAUCAGAACGAGCUCAUCACUGAGAACGAGAUCGCCUCCGACAGUACUGAAACAUCGACCCGUGCUGCCGUUGUUAAUAAAACAACGACUUCCGCUGACGAUGGCCUAGUUCAUCCCUUCAUUUAUGCUGGUGUCAAAGCUCGACGGGGUGAAUUUCCGUUUAUGGUUUCUUUGGGUUACGAGAAUACAGACGGAGAAUUGGACGAUCCAAUCGUCUAUGAUUGCGGUGGAGCAUUGAUAACGUCGAAGUACGUUCUCACAGCUGCUCAUUGUGUCAGUAACAUCAACAAUCGAACUCCCAAAUGGGCGAGAGUAGGAUUCGUGGACAUUCGAUCUGCCGAAGCCAUAGAGAUUCCUCUGGACAGUGUCAUACCACAUCCAAGAUACAGAAGAAGUCAAAACUACCACGACAUAGCUCUUCUCACACUCAGUACUUCACUGAGAAAUUCAAACUUAGUGAGGCCUAUUUGCCUGCAAGCCAGAUCCAUGCAAGACUCCGACAUCAAUUCGAACACUUCGUUUAUGGUGAUUGGAUUUGGUGGCACGGAGAAGGCCGACAGAUCUGAAAAAUUGUUGAAAUCAGCAAAUCUCGAUUUGGUAUCGAAUGCAGCAUGCAAGGAGGCAUAUAAAGUAUCGAGCAGGCUGCCAAAUGGUAUCGACGACACUCUGAUUUGCGCUUUGGACCGCAAUUCUACGAGAGGAUCAGAUGCGUGUCAAGGUGAUAGUGGAGGUCCCCUUUUGAUGAAAUCCGGCAAGGUCUAUACAGUCAUCGGUGUUACUUCAUUUGGGCAAGGAUGCGGUAGCCUGGAACCCGGUGCUUAUACUUCCGUGUCCGCUUACAUCGAUUGGAUUGAGUCAAUAGUCUGGCCGGAAAAGAUUAAAUCAUAACCGUGUUAAAAAUCGCAGCGUAUUCGUUCUCGUCUCUAGUCGAAUUGCCAUUUCUUUUAACGAAUGCGUUCAAUGUCGCGAUCCAUAGGAUCUCCAUUCAUUCAGAGCCCUGUGACUCUCUUUGCCCCAUCAAUAUUUCACUUUUGUUACACGUUUAGCUCCAAAUAACUGAGCAAACUUUGCGACAACCAUUAAUGCUCAAUGAUAUAAGUACAGUUAAAAUAAAAAUUACAAACACACCGAUGUAUUAAUUUCAUGACAAAUAUAAAGCGCCCAAUUUCCAAGUA